AAGGCUGUCUGGAGAGGAAAUGCUAACAAUAAAGCAACGGGCUAGCAAUGGAAUAGAAAAUGAUGAAGAAAUUAACCAGCUGGAUGAAGAAAUCAAAGAACUGAAUGACUCUAAUUCUCAAGUGGAAGCGGAUAUGAUUAGACUCAGAACCCAGAUUACAACAAUGGAGACUAAUCUGAAGUCAAUAGAGGAAGAAAACAAGAAACCGCUGCAACAAAAAGAGGCUCCCCUUAGAAAUAACAGCUGUUUACAGUUGCAUCAGAGAGAGCCAAUAAAUGAACAGAAUUUUGAUGCUUACGUGGCCACUUUGACAGACAUGUACACUAACCAAGACCACUAUCAGAGUCCUGAAAACAAGGCCCUACUGGAAAACAUAAAGCAAGCAGUACAAGGGAUUCAGGUCUGAAGACUUGUUUGUGGAAGAAGACAUGCUCAAAAAAGGGAUGCCUGGUGUUUUGCUGCUUUCAUUUACCGGACAGUGUUAAAUAUUUAUUUCUAUUACAAAUCGUUAUGCUUAAGGCUUCAUAAUUCUUUUUUUUUGUCUUGCUUUAAAAAGUUACCGCAGAAUAGUUUUUGAAAACAUUCACAUUUUGUACGUUUUCAUAUGAGCUGACAUAGUGUGAAAUGCCAUGUAAUGUUUAUAGCUGCUAAUGUAUGCACAUUUUACUGUGUAUAUUUCUGAACAGUAAGCAGAACAAAACUAGGAAGUUCUUUUUAAUGGUUUAGUGAAGAAACAUUUUAGUAUUAAUUACUGGACUGGACAGUAAGCUUAGAGUGAGAAAAAUGGAAUGAGCAACCACGUUUUAAUUGUUAUCCUCUUCCUCAUUGGAGGGUUUUAUGGAAUUUUAAGAUGUUUUGUGCGCAGAUUGUUUAAUAGCAAGAAGUGGUUGUAAAAUGCUUUAUUUUUUAACAAUGCUUGAAAAUAUUUGACUUUUGUUUUAAAUGGUCGUGGUGGCAUUUAAAAUGAGAUUUGAAUUGAGUAUGAAAAGGAAAUGGCUAGAUAUAUGAAUGUUUCAGUUUUAUUGUAAACAUCAUGACACGGAAACUUGAUGGUGGAAAUCCCAAUAUUUACAAAGCACUAUGUUAUGACUUUAAUAACCUAAUGUUCUGUGUUGUUAGAUACCGAAUGUCAUUUAAUCAGACAGACAGUGAUGUCCAACAGCAAUAGAAACAUUAGACAACAUCUCUCUCUUGGCAUUAGUUCUUUUACAUGUCAAAACUUUACUAGUUAGAGUCAGUUAAUGUUUAAUGCAAUAUAUGAUAAAGAAUAUUAUCACUUAUUUGAUAGAUAUGAGAUGCAAUCUACAUAAGCAGUUUGGGUAUAUGCAAUUUCUUAUUUAUAGCAUAGUGGAAAAUGAAUCUUUUUACUAUAUGUAAAAUAUUAAUUUUUAUAUCUUUUAAUACAAAACAUAAAAAAAUAAACAUGGACAUUCAGUUUAAAAGCUAAAGAUGCUUAUAUAAGUUUACUUUAUUUAUGUACAACUUUGCACAGGAACACCUUGGUUUCCAUGUUUUGAUGUUUUUACAGAAACUAGAGCUGUACUUGAGAGCUUAAUAAUAAGGAGAUGGGUUUUUGUAAAGUAUAAAAAUAUAUCAGCGCGGGACUUACAGGGUCACUGUCCCCACAAAUGUGCCAGUAGACUAUUUGCACUUAUCCUAUAUAUAUAUAUAUAUAUAUAUAUAUAUAUAUAUAUAUAUAUAUAUAUAUAUAUCUUAAUAUAUACGGAGGUGUGCAAUUUCCAGUGUUGCUUGCUAUGUGACACAGAAUCUAAACAAAUAAUUGCUAGGGGCCACUAUGGCUUACAUUUAUCACUGAUGGAAACUACAGGGAUUUAAAAAAAAAAUAAUAUUAAAAAAAAAAAAAAAUUCUGUUAUUUGUUUUUGGUAUAUUAUACUGAAAAAAAAAAAAAUCCCAGCAGCACUUUAUAUUGAACCCACUGUACAAAAACUUGCCGGUUUUCCCAAUGGACUUAAUAACUAGCUGGGGAACGAUUCUGUAAUUAUUGUGGGUCUUUGCAGCAUUAUGCCUGUGUGGCCCCCACUUCUGUCGUGCUAUUAGUUGUAGCUACCAUGUUCAGAUUUGCCUUUUCAAAGCUAACGCAAGGUGCUUGUUGCUCACCUCAUCUCAUAUAUUGUACUUUCCACCCUCUUUUAGGGUUUCAUUCUACAUACCUGCAUAUGCCUUUUUCCACUGCAUUGUGUCUGCAGUUUCUUGCCAAUAUAGUAACGCUUUCAGUAGAGUAAUAGCUAGUAUCAGUUUUUGAAUUAAUUAUUGUUAUCGUUACAAAGGAAAAGGAUUUUAAGCACAAAUCUGCUGCUCAUCUACUGGUGGAACAGAAUAUCAAAUCAGAAGUUGUCUGUGACUAUUUACAUAGGGGACACAAAGGUGUCACAUAUUAGAAUGCUGAAUUUUCAUAUGAAUUAUUGUGAAUUCAUCAGAGUUUAUUUAUUAUAACUUAUUCAUUUCUAAGUUAAUUUAAGUAAUCAUUUAUUAAGACAGGAUUUUGUAUAAAAAUGUGCUGUCUGUGGAACUGAAGUUUAAUUUAUUUUUGUACUACACGGCAUGAAUUUGUUGACAUUUUCAUUUUGCUAUAAAUGUGUGAAAUCACAAGUUGCUGUGAUAAUUCAUUUUUAAAUUGUGAACUUUGUACAAUUUUUGUCAUGCUGGAUGUUGACACAUCUUACUCUGAAUAAAGAAAACUGUGU